AUUUGAAACUCUGGAAGUCUGUGUUUCAGGUCCUUCUCCUUGUGAGCACUCACAUGCUCCCUAGAGGACAAGGACAGCCCAUAAGCAGCUGCAGCACAUCAGCCUCACAGAGUCUGGAGAGUUCUUUUGUUUUGUAGAGUACCUGAAAGUGGCCCUUAUCCAAAACCACCAUGAAAGCCACCAUAUUCUUCAUUCUCUUGACUGCUGUGACUCGUUCAAGAGGCCAGUACCACUAUCAGGGUCUGAUGAACUACUUGGAAAACAGGAUGCUUGCUAUGGAGGAGCGCAUUGCCUUGUGGCAAGAACAGAACAACCGCUACAGCUCCGACCUAAAGGAAUUCCGGCAGCAGGCUGCAGAUCUGUUGGGAAAGUUGGGCAAGGAACAUGAUAAAUUGCGUUCAGACAUGGAGGGUGCAGGAGCAAGGGUAGACCGCGUGGAGCGUGAGAUGGACUACAUAGAAACCAAGAAUCCCCCUAAGCCUUGUGUGAAAGCAGCAGACAAAAUGGUGGAACAAGACGUGGUUGUCAAAGAGGGGAAGAAGGAAGAGUUCUUUGAGUUGUCUGUGUGCUUGAACAUUGUAUCCAGUCUAAAAGCAAUGAAGAUCCUUAAGAGAUUGGGAAGCCCAAAAGGUGUCUGGACCAAAGAUGCCAGGUCAGCAAAAGUCUAUGUCUUCAACGGCACGUCCGAUAACACGCUGUACGAGUUCAACUCUGUGCGAGAGCUCUCAGCAUCAUCAGGCGUAUCUAAAGGCAAGCAGAUCACUGUGCCCACUGCUUGGAACGGGACCGGUCAUGCAGUCUACGAUGGCUUUCUCUAUUACGUCAGUGAAAGUUCAGAACUCCAAGUUAUCAAGUAUGACCUCAAGAAUGGUUUGGUUGCAGACAGCGCGGUCCUUCCCAUGGACGAUCGCAGCCCGGUGUACCAGCUCAAUCCAGAGACACUGGUGGACCUGGUGGCGGAUGAGGAUGGGCUAUGGGCACUGUAUCCGGCUGGAGACACUAUUAAUCUUGCAAAGAUGGAUAUAGAUUCACUGGAUAUAGAGCAGAUGUGGGACACAGCAUGUCCAAGAAACAAUGCUGAAGCUGCUUUUAUUGUCUGCGGCACGGUCUAUGUGGUUUACAACACCAAGCCACCGAGCCGUUCGCGUGUGCAGUGUGUGUUUGAUGUGAAUGACAUGGUUAGCAGCGGAGAGGCCCCUUUGAUUUAUUUCCCCAGGCGCUACGGGGCCCAUUCCAGCCUUAAAUACAAUCCUGAGGAGCGGCAGCUCUAUGCCUGGGAUGAUGGGUACCAGAUUCUGUAUAAACUAGUGCUGAAGAAGAAGUUAUGGGCGAUUAUGCCACCACCUGAGGAAUAGUGUCUCUUUUUUAGCACUUAAAGGCCUUGUGUGCUCCUGGGUACAAAACGUUUGUGAUUUUCCUAAAGGGAUAGUUACUGAAAAUGAAAAUCCUGCCAUUAUUUACUCACCUUCAAGUUGUCAAGUUUGUAUGGAUUCAUUUCUUUUAAGGCUUUUUUUGUGUUUGAAAAGGAACACAAAACCACCACUAGUGUUUUUCUUGUGAGUCAGAACUUUUAAAUGAAUUGGUCGAUCCAGUUCACAAAACCAGUCUGAAUGAUUUGUUUAUGAUUAAACCUGGUCUCAAGUUCAAAUCACUGAUUCAGUGAUUCAGUUGCAGCAGUUGACUGCUCACUGAAGGGAAAGAUCGUCUGCUUAUUAUAAACAACUUUAAUUUUCUUUCCAACGCUAUCUCACGACCAAUUCGUACGUAUUUUACGAGGUGGCUUAUUAGUACGAAUUUGUACUACCUCUCUCAUACGAUUUUAUACGAUUUGUCUAAACCCCAGUGAUGGUUAGGUUUAGGGGCGGGGUUAAGUGUAGGUCAUUAGUACAAAUUCAUACGAAUUGUGAAACUCGUAAAAUGCGUAAGAUUUGGCAAAAAUCGUAUGAAUUUGUACGAGUGUUGUCGUACGAAUAAGUCACCUCGUGAAAAAUGUACGAAUUGCUGUGUGAUCGUAUUGGUCUUUCUCUCACACAAGCUAUGCCUAUAAUAUGUCUUUUAAUAAAACAUGAAUCUGAAGGAAACUAAUUAAUAAAAUAUGUGUGUAUGUUAGUUUUACCUGUAAUUUUAUGCUUUAAUUUGAAUCCUGCUCUUAUUCGGCAGUACAGAAUUAAUUAGAAAUAACUUAAAUGUAGGCCUGUUUCUCACAUAAAAUUAUUAUGUGUAUUCAGAAGACAGAAGACUUGAAAUAUAAUCUCUUUUAUAAUACUAUACAAUACAACCACUUUUAUUAUGGUAGUUUUACGUCCUUGCACCCAUCCGUUGUAAUUAAAUGUUCAACAGCAUUUAGCAAAAUUAAGAAAUAAAUGAAAUCAAGUCGUACAGGUUUUGGAACAUCUUGAGGGUGAGGAAAUUAUGAUAAAACAUAUUUAUUUUUGGGGGGGUGAACUUAUCCUUUACCUUUAAAAAUACACAGAUUGCUUUUGUUGCACAUAUUAAAAUAGUCAAUAAUUGACUAAUCAAUGCUAACACACUUUUUGUGAUUUGCUGUUGACAAGACUGAAAAGAAGCAAGUCUACCCUUGAAAUGGCUGAACCAACAUUUUAUUUUGGCAUUUUUGAAAUACAAGAACUCUUUCAAACAUUACAAGUUAUAUUGCAUGUACAAAUGAUCAAUACAAAAUUAGAAAGAUUUUCAGAUUCACAAGGGGGCAAAAACAGGUUGUUAAAACACCAGCACACAAGAGUUAGUGAGGUAAAGAACCAGAUCUAAACCUUAUUACCUUUACAUUCACCUACAGAAACACUUUUAUCUGAGUAUUACAACAUUGGUGAUAUUGUAAAAACAGGACCAAAAAGUUGUAUUUUGUCACAACCAUUUCUUUAACAAGUUAACUUGGAUUUUUGUUUUUUAAGAUUCUGUUAAAAUAUUAAAUCUAUUUUACUAUAUAGAAAUAUUUAAAGCUUAACAGAUACCCAAUGAGAUGAUGGAGGGCAUUAUGCAAAAAGGGGCCCAAGUACCAUGUAUGUUUUAAGAUAUUUCAGCAAAACUAAAUGAAGAUCAUUGUAAAGUCAUUGUUCUGGUAUCUUGAGCUGUGCCCACCAUCUGUGACAAUGAACUUCCUGCAUAGUAGGUUGUCCUAUCAAGGGUCAUCUCCUGUGCAUUUAUACAUACAUUGACUUCUCUGUCUUUUUUUAUUUGAGACAUACUGUAUGUCCAGGACUUUUAAAGGAAGUUCUGAAUCAAUGCAUUUAUGUAAUUCAUUUCCAGAAUCUGCACUAUUUAGAUUUUUUAAUGACAGGAGAAAUAUUAACUACAGUAAUCAUAAUUUAGCAGGGGUUCUCUGUUCAAUUGAUAUUCCAAGUUAAACUGUGUUAUGAAUGAAUAACCAUGUAAAACAAAAAGAUAGAAACCACAUGGAUAAACAAAUAAAAUAUUGCGGGCAAUGAAAGUUUUGAAUUUUGUUCAAUCAUUUAUGACAUACAAAAUUCAAAGAGAAAUAAUAUUGUUAUGUAAUGUUGUUAUAUAGAUAUAAAUUCACAUCAAUUCAAAUAUCCCUGUUUUCUCCACACAAUUUUUUUUGUCAAAUCAAACAAGCAAAUAAAAAUAUGAAUCUGAAGAUGAAUAUUAGUUGUAAAGUUAUCCCUGCUCUUUUAUACUAUACAGAAUAUGAAUAUAUUUGAUACAUUUGAGCCUACAUUGUUUACUCAAGACUUUUUCUCAGACAAUAUGUCAAAAUACGUAAAACUUUAAAUUGGACAGUCCAAUUUAACUCACAAUGAAAUUACAUGCCAAAAGAUGAACGAGAUGUCAACAUUAGAAACAGCAGGAGGAUUCAAAGAGGAGUUGAAUGGCUAUUGAAAGCAGUCUGUACUUCUUUAAAUGCUGUUUCAUAAAGUGAAUAAAACCCACAUAAAUCAAA